UAAUAUCUGAAUCUUCUUCCUCAACAACUGAAGAACCCAAAUUUUCGCCGUUGAAAUGGAGAAAGCGACGAAGAAUCCCAAUUCGGAGACGCAACUUCCUCCUCAGCCGAAUCAUCAGAUGGAUGCAGACGAUGACGAUGAGAAUGUGAAACAGCUCAAAGAGUGUUCUUCUCUCUACUUGUCUUUACAGGAUUGUCUCGUUGAGAGCAACAGGGACUGGAAAUCUUGCCAGAAACACGUUCAAGCUUUGAAGGCAUGCCAUGAAAGGAAAACCAAGAAAUGACAGAGAUGAAGAAAAGCCACACCUGAUUGGCAAGUGUUGAUUAGUCACUGCUUAUAAAGAAACCACUCUAUUACUUAAAAUAUCCUCUUAUGUAUACCGUUUUGUGAAACGGCUUUGUAACGAUUGUUCCUGACUCUAGUUGAGUUUUUGUUUCUGAGAUUGGUGGUUAUUUCGCCGAACUAAAUAGCAAUGGUAUAUGCAUUUCAGACA